AUGCUUAAAAAUUCGGAUUUCAAAGAAUGGAUUGAAAUGUGCGUUAAAUUAAAUCACAUUAAUAGCUUUGAUUAUAACGAAUUUACUGAGCAACAUUUGAUCGGUGAAGGGAGAUUUGCUUUCGUAAAAUCUGCAAUGAUGAAAUGUGACGUGAAAGUUGCUUUAAAAUCUUUAAAAGUCGAUGUUAUAUUAGAAAAAAGUAUAAUUGAAGAAUUCGUAAAUGAGGUUGACAAUAGAUAUGGGCAGUAUAUAAUGGUAUUGCAAUUUGCUGAUAGUGGUAAUUUACGAAAUUAUCUCGAUGAUUCCUUUACAAAGUUAACUUGGUCAGAUAAAUUCAGAAUGGCAAAUGCAAUCUCCAAAAUCUCAUCGGAUGAUGAAACUUCAUCAGAUGAAGAAAAUGAUAUAUCAUUAGAUGGUUCGGAUAUUGAUUCAUCAACUUCUGAUGAUUGCGAUGAUAAGGAAAAUAUGAUUAAUAUAUUAAAUGAUUUGGUUCAAUUAUAUACAAAUAUGUGUCAAUUAGGAUCAAGUGAAUCUGAUAGAAGUUAUGAAAAUUGGUUUGGUAACAAUAUUUCUAAAUCAAGAAGGUUUUUUGAUUUUCUUAAAAAGAACGCUGAAAUAGUAAAACAUCAUGAAUUUAUUCUUGGAAAAUUUUAUCAAAGAGGUUUCGGAGUAAGACAAAAUAAUCCAAAAUAUUUUAAAUGGAUGGAAAGAGGUACUCGUAAAGAUGAUAAACUUGCAUAUUUUGAGCUUUCAAAAUGUUAUUUUUUUGGUAAAGGAGUUAAAAAGGACAAUGAAAAAGCAUAUGAACUUUAUAAUCGUAGCAACAGGAUAUGA